CUCCCAAAAGCUGGCCAAUGAACUGUCGAAACGGGGAACGGGGAUCUUUGGAAACCGCGUGAAAAUGGACGAUCGUGCGCUUCGGAAAUCUACAGCAAUCCGAACCUUUCCGAACGGCCCCGACGUAGAGACGGAGAACAAAUAAACAAACACUGUUAUGUCGCCCCACUCGCACUAAAAUUGACAAAUCCCUCCGCUUCCUCCUCCAACUCACUUUACGUUCUAUUUGUAUAUUCUUCAGUUUAACAUUCAUGCGUGUAGAGAAUGGAGAAGAGUCGAAGUGGAAAACAGUGGAUUUUUUUUUCGAUCACGCAGACUGUUCGCUGUGCCGAGUUUACCUCUGAGUAACAGCAGUCACGUUGUCGAUCUAAUGGUUUGUCGUUUGAAAAUCAAAUCUCAUUUUCAAGUGUUCUGAUAAGAAUUAUCGUCUCACCUCGGAAGUGGACAGCUGAGCGCUUCGCUCACCAACAGUUUAGCAACAGAUUUAGCGCGAUAACAAUUUAAUGUGUUCGAAAGUUCCUUAACGAUCGUUGACCACGAAUCGUAGUAAUAAAAAACACGAACGUGCGUCAGUGUUUUUCUGUGUUCUUAUCUCCUGUCUUCGUUCUGCUGUGCUUUCGCCGAGGAAAUCACGAGUUUUCCUCAUUCUAUUCGUAGUUCAGUUUAUUAGCAUUUCACGUCAGUUACCAGACGCUUAUCUCCGAUAUUUUUUCUCGAGUAGUCGAGGACCGUGUGUCAUCGCGCUUGUGUUGUGUUUAUCAGCUGCUUUUUUUUUACGAAUGUAAGGAUAACUUGAGCCACGUGUCAUUAAACCGGUAGCGAGUCGGAGGCUUCGGAUUUAUUGUAUUCGGGCGUAGAGCCCGCCCAUGGAAUUCCAUCGUAAUCGCAGCGAGAGGAGAAGUAAAAACGGUAAAAAAAAAAGAUCGUUUCGGGUUUCAGUUUUCAUGAUCGUCGACCACGAGAAUUGUCGCGAAGGUUGUAAAAGCAGCGAAAAAUCGUUGAGUGACGGUACUGAGGACGGUUUCGAUAACUCUGCGGGCUCCCGAUCAACUCCGAGAUGGAUGAAAAAAGCGGUAGCAACGGGAAGAAGAAUCCGAGGGAAGGUGCCAACUUUCUGAGCGCUUUGACCUUUUCAUGGACACUGAAGACCUUCUGGGUUGGCUUCCGAAGAGAAAUCGAGAUCGAGGAUCUCCCCAGACCCUUGAGGGAGCACAAGAGCAGUUACCUCGGGGAUAAAAUGAGCGUCGCUUGGGAAGCUGAGCUACAACGGGUCCGGGAAAGCCAAAAGAAGAGCCUCGAGAAUGGAAGAUCGGGCCGGCGCGAAAAACCUUCCCGGACAUCAAAGCCCAGCCUGACGAGGGUCCUGAUCAAAGUUUUUGGCUUAAAAACGCUGCUUUACGGCUUGGCUUUGGGCGUCAUGGAAAUCUUUAUCAGAGUCCUCCAACCGCUUUUCCUCGGAAAUUUGCUGCAAUUUUAUUCCGGAGAGAAUCCCUCGUCGUCCGACGCUUAUCUCUACGCAGGUGGCAUCGUACUGUGCUCGGCGACGGUGAUUUUCUUCAGACAUCCGUUCAUGAUGGCAGCGAUACACAUGGGAAUGAAAGUUCGCGUGGCUUGCUGCUCCUUGAUUUACCGGAAGACGCUGAAGCUCUCGAAAACCGCGCUGGGCCAAACGACCGUCGGACAAGCGGUCAAUCUUCUGUCGAACGACGUAAAUCGCUUCGAUGAAGUGUUCAUAUGCCUUCAUUAUCUGUGGAUCGGACCCCUCCAGACACUGCUUAUAACGUACUUUCUGUACGAACAAGUUGGCCUCGUCGCAUUGACCGGCGUCGCUUUACUCUUGGUGUACAUUCCGCUUCAAGGUCUCCUCGGGAAAAAAUCUUCCGUCCUGAGGCUCCGAAUCGCCAUGAGAACGGACGAGCGAAUUCGCCUCACCAAUGAAAUCAUCACCGGCAUACAAGCCAUCAAAAUGUACACGUGGGAAAACCCCUUCAGAAAACUCGUUGAAAAGGCUCGAAGGCGCGAGAUCAAUGUCAUAAGAUCGACAUCUUUCGUCCGCGGUGUCAUGAUGUCCUUCAAAAUGUUCACAUCCAGAUUGACCCUCUUCGUUACUGUACUCGUUUACGUUCUGAGCGGCCAGAAACUAACGGCUGAAAAAGUCUUCUUAAUGACGGCCUAUUACAGUGUUCUGAAGCUGUCGAUGACCGAUUAUUUUCCCCGAGGAAUAACGCAAGUCGCCGAAGUGGUCGUAACGAUCAAGCGCCUGCAAAAUUUCAUGCUGUACGAUGAAAUCGACGACAUUACUAAGAAUAGGAGCGAGGGCUUGGUCGUGAAAAAAGAAAAGCAAAAAGGUACAGAACGGACCGAGAAGCCGGUGACGGGAAGCCGUCGCGAGGGCACCGGGGGCGACGGCUCCGUCGUUCUCAAUAAUUGUCAUGCAAAGUGGCUGGACUCGGCUAGCGAGGACACGCUGCGAGGCAUCAAUUUCAAAGUGAAUCCGGGCCAGCUCGUCGCUGUCGUGGGCCAGGUCGGUUCUGGAAAGUCGAGCCUGCUGAACGUCAUUUUGAAAGAAUUACCUGUGCAUCAGGGCUCUGUUGAGGUGAACGGCCACGUCGCGUACGCGAGCCAAGAAGCUUGGCUGUUCUCCGGCUCGGUGCGUCAAAAUAUACUGUUUGGAAGAAAAAUGGAACCGCGUCGUUACGAGAAAGUGGUCAAAGUCUGUCAGCUCAAACGAGAUUUUGCUCUUCUGCCUUACGGAGAUAAAACGAUAGUGGGAGAGCGAGGAAUCAGUUUGUCCGGUGGUCAACGAGCAAGAAUAAAUUUAGCGAGAGCAGUGUAUGCUGAUGCUCCGAUAUGUUUAUUGGACGAUCCUCUGAGCGCCGUCGAUGCACACGUGGGAAAGCAGAUGUUCGAGGAAUGCAUAGAAAUGCAUUUGAGAGGGAAAACCAGACUUCUCGUAACGCACCAGUUGCAAUUCCUACGAAACGUCGAUUGGAUCGUCGUUCUUAAAGAGGGUGCUAUUCAGGCCGAAGGAACCUUCGAACAACUGGCAGAAAUGGGGGUCGAUAUUGGUGAGCUGCUCGAGCCCGAGUCCGAGCAGGAUGAUAAUUCUGCGAUGUCACUCAGUCGAAGUGAUUCUCACCGCACUAGCUGCACUUCGCUCAACUCCGUUAGUGCAAACAAGACUUUUGACGACGGCAAAGAAGACGCACCCGGUGAAAUUGCUGAAACGCGUACGAAGGGCAGCCUCAAAGGGCGCACUUACUCGUCGUACUUCCAAGCGAGUGGCAGCUGCCCGGUGGUGUUCGUUGUUCUUUCGUUAUGCGUCCUUGCUCAAUUGGCCGCCAGUUGCUGUGAUUACUUCAUCGCGCUCUGGGUCAACAUGGAGGAACGUGUGAGCGAAAACAAAACUCUCGGGAUCGAACAGCCAGGAAAAAGCUACGAAAGGCCUUUGGACACGAACACGUGUAUCUACAUCUACAGCGCUGUAACUGUCAUCGCUAUUAUCUUGGUUCUCAUGCGUUCCGUAUCAUUUUUCGACAUGUGUAUGCGAGCAUCGAUAAAACUUCACGAUCGCAUGUUUCGGAGCAUCAGUCGAGCGAGCAUGUACUUUUUUAAUACAAACCCAUCGGGACGGGUGCUCAAUCGGUUCGCCAGAGACAUGGGCUCGAUCGACGAAUCGCUGCCGAUGACGAUGUUCGAUUGCAUACAAAUCGGACUGUCGCUUACGGGGACCGUUGUCGUGAUUGGCAUUGCGAAUCCCUGGCUCAUGAUACCGACGGUGGCGAUUGGCGUGUUUUUUUACUUUUUGAGAAUUUUUUAUCUGAAAACGAGCAGAAGCGUGAAACGACUUGAAGGAAUCGCACGUUCGCCGGUUUACAAUCAUUUGAACGCGACGCUUCAGGGUCUCGUGACGAUACGCUCUUUCGACGCUGCUGAAGUGUUGACAACGGAAUUCGACCACCACCAGGAUCUUCACUCCUCAGCUUGGUACAUAUUCCUCGGUGUAUCUCGCGCCUUCGGUUACUGGCUCGAUCUUUUUUGUCUCUUGUACAUUGCUCUGGUGACGAUGAGUUUCCUGGUGCCCGGUAACGAGGAGGAUCCGACCUCGACUCCGGGGGGAAACGUCGGUCUUGCGAUAACCCAGAGCAUAGGAUUGACCGGAAUGUUUCAGUGGGGAAUGCGUCAAACUGCUGAAAUGGAGAACCAGAUGACCUCGGUCGAGCGGGUGCUCGAGUACAGUAGCGUGGAGAGUGAACCCCCUCUGGAGAGUGCACCGGGCAAGAAGCCAAAGGACACGUGGCCCGAGGAAGGAAAAGUCGAGUUCAAGAACGUCCAUUUGCGUUACUCACCGCUGGAUCCUCCGGUUUUGAAAAAUCUCAAUUUCGUGGUUAAGCCUCGCGAGAAAAUCGGCAUUGUCGGUAGAACCGGAGCUGGAAAAUCGUCGCUGAUACAGGCGCUGUUUCGUCUCGCCGAUGUCGAAGGUGCGAUCGAGAUCGAUGGCGUUGACACGAGCGAAAUGGGACUGCACGAUUUACGCUCCAAAAUCAGCAUCAUUCCCCAAGAGCCGUUUCUCUUUUCCGGCUCCAUGCGCUUCAAUCUCGAUCCCUUCGAAGCCUACAGCGAUAUUCGAUUGUUGGAAGCCCUCGAGGAGGUAGAACUCAAAGAAAUGGGACUCGAAUCCCACGUGAACGAGGGCGGCAGCAACUUGAGCGUUGGUCAACGACAAUUGGUCUGUUUGGCUCGUGCCAUCGUACGCAACAAUCCCAUUCUCGUACUCGACGAAGCGACCGCAAACGUUGAUCCACGUACGGAUGAGCUCAUCCAAAAGACGAUUAGGCGUAAAUUUGAAAAUCGUACGGUACUUACGAUAGCUCAUCGACUGAAUACCGUAAUGGACAGCGAUCGUAUACUCGUGAUGGAUGCCGGAUCUGUCGUGGAAUUCGAUCAUCCUCACGUCCUUCUGCAGAACACCAAGUCCGGCUACCUCCACAGCAUGGUCCAGGAGACUGGAGCAUCAAUGGCCCAAGCGUUGACCGAAGUAGCAGAAAAAAGUUAUUCGUUCCGACAAACUUCCACAAAUAGUGAAGAAAAUUAUAAGCAAGCGAACGCCAACGAGCAUCGAUAA